AUGCCUGCUCCCGCCAUGAUCCUCUCGCGACCGUCCUCUCUCCGCUCGGCGGACUACCAAACCUCGCCCGUUCCGUCCUACCAGUCUGAUACCACCGUUCUCGCGCCGUCGAUGUUCAGCCUCGACCCUGAGAAGCAGGAAGGACGCGAGCUCGACACUAUCUCGACCACCUACGAGACAUUUUCCGUCGAUCGGCCUGCACCUGCUGCGAUUCCGCCCCCGGAGGUUGGCAUCAAACCCUGGUUGGCUGUGCUCGGAGGUUUCUGCGCUCAAUUCUGCUCGUUUGGCAUGAUGAGCAUGAUUGGAAUUUUCAUUGCCUACUAUAGAGUCCACCAACUCGAGCAUCUCUCUACCUCCGCCAUCUCCUGGAUCGGCUCCAUUCAGUCCGGCGUCUUUGCUUUCUCCGGUCUUUUCUGCGGCCGCAUCGUCGACAUGUACGGACCUCACUACGUCACAAUUCCCGGUCUGUUCUUCAUCGUGAUUGGUAUGAUUGGAACCGCGUUCUCGACUCAUUAUUACCAGUUCAUAGUCGCUCAGGGACUCUCGUGCGCGAUCGGAGCCGCGGGACUGUUUUACGGUACUACCUCUGCAAUCACCUCCUGGUUCACCACCCGUCGCGGCCUGGCGUUUGGAAUCGCGGCGUCGGGUGCGGGCGUGGGCGGUAUUGGCAUCCCGUUCCUGCUGCAGUACAUGUUUUACGACUAUGGCUCGUUCAAAGCCGGCGCGUGCACGCUCGCAGGAGUGUUUUGCUUCAUGGGCCUCGUGACUGUCUGCGUUACCACCAGCCGCGUGCGUCCUACCGGACGACAGCCGUACCGGUUCGUGCGGUUUUACGUUCGGCCGUUCCGAGAUCCGAUCUUUGCCUUGUUCACGCUCGCGAUGGCGCUGAUUUAUCUGGGAAUCUUUGUCCCGAACGCGUAUUUCUCUACCACCGCGCUACACUACGGAAUGACCACCGCGCACGCCUCCUACCUCCUCUCGUUCUUCAACGCCGGCUCGCUCGUCGGCCGCAUCGUCGGCGGCUAUCUCUUCGACAGAUUCAGCAAGUUCCUCGUCUAUUUCUGCUACGUUCUCAUGGGCGGCCUCACCCUCCUUCCCGGCUGGUACCUCGCCACCGACGAGACGCGUACGAUCGUCGUCUCGGUCUGCUACGGCUUCGCCAGCGGCGGCAUGCUCGCCCUUUUCUCGGCCGUGAUUGCCCAGAUCUCGCCCGUGACCGAGAUCGGCACGCGCGUGGGCGCAUGCAACGGCGCGCUCUCGAUCUCGGCCCUCGUCUCGCUUCCGAUCUCGGGCGCGAUCGUGGGCAUGGACGCUAACUACCAUGGCAUGCAGGCGUUUGCGGGGUCGACGAUUUUGGCGGGGAGCGCGGUGUGUUUGGUGCUCAAGUUUAUGGUUGAUGGCAAGCGCAUCCGGGCUUCGUAA